GCGCUGGCCCUGCCCCUUUCCCCGCCUCUGCCGAGUUCGUCUGCUUUCCACCGGGUCUCGCGCUCCACGCUCACCGGAAGACAGCGGCCCGCGGCGGCGGCUGGGCAGUGCGGGCGACACAUCAUCUUAAACAAAGAAAGGAGAGAAGACCCAUGGGCACUGGGAUCCCUGCUACAGGAAUCCAGGGAAAGGGCAGGACAUGGAACCAGUAAGCUCGUCAAGCAUGAAAGUGACCCUGUCGGCUGUGGACACUUACGAGACUUCUUUCACGCCUCUGGUGGUCAUAGAACUUGCUCAGGAUGUCAAAGAAGAGACCAAAGAGUGGCUGAAAAGCAGAAUUGUUGCUAAAAAGAAAGACGGAGGUGCCCAGUUGCUGUUCAGACCCCUGUUAAAUAAGCAGGAGAAGGAGACACUGGGGAACAAGGAGAACUUGUACCUCGUGGGCGCUUCGGGGCUGCGCCUGCUGCUGGGCGCUGAGGCAGUGGGGCUGGUGCGGGAAUGCACGGAUGGCACCAUGCGCGCCUUCACCUAUGACACCCGGCGCAGCUUCAGAGGCUUCCACGAUGACAAUGACGAUUUCCUCACCAUGGCAGAGUGUCAGUUCAUUGUCAAGCAUGAGCUGGAAAACCUCAGAGCCAGGGAGGAGAGGAUGAUCCCCGGGUACCCGCACGCGAAGCUCUAUCCAGGGAAGUCGAUAUUGCGGAGGCUGCUCACGUCUGGCAUUGUGCUCCAAGUGUUCCCGCUGCAUGACCACGAGGCCCUGAGGAAGCUGGAGGAUGCUUGGUACACCCGUUUCUCCUUGCACUACCAGCCCAUAGACAGUAUUCGCAGCUACUUUGGGGAAACCAUCGCUCUAUACUUCGGGUUUCUGGAGUAUUUCACCUUCGCCUUGAUCCCCAUGGCCAUCAUUGGGCUGCCAUACUACCUGUUCGUGUGGGAGGACUACGACAAGUAUGUGGUCUUCGCAUCCUUCAACCUCACCUGGUCCACGGUCAUCCUGGAGGUGUGGAAGCGCAGCUGUGCUGACAUGACCUACAGGUGGGGGACGCUGGUCAUGAAGAGACAGUUCGAGGAGCCCCGGCCCGGGUUCCACGGCGUCCUGGGUGUCAAUCCAGUCACUGGCAGGGAGGAGCCCCUUUACCCCAGCUACAAGCGGCAGCUGCGCAUCUAUCUAGUCUCCCUGCCCUUCGUGUGCCUCUGCCUCUACUUCUCUCUGUACAUCAUGAUGAUCUACUUUGACCUGGAGGACUGGGCUCUGAGCGUCCACCAGGAGAGUGGGACCGAGUGGACUGGUGUCCUCCUGUACGUGCCCAGUGUCAUCUAUGCCAUCGUGAUCGAGAUCAUGAACCGCCUUUAUCGCUGCGCUGCCGAGUUCCUGACUGCUUGGGAGAAUCACAGAUUGGAAUCUGCUUAUCAGAAUCACCUCGUUCUGAAAGUCUUGGUGUUCAACUUCCUAAACUGCUUCGCCUCGCUCUUCUACAUCGCCUUUGUCCUGAAGGACAUGAAGCUUCUGGGCCAGAGCCUGGCUACCCUCCUGAUCACCUCCCAGGUCAUUAACCAGAUCCUGGAGUCUCUCCUUCCUUACUGGCUGCAAAAGAAGCACAGCAUGAAGGUCAAGAGGAAGGUGCAGGCUUUAAAGGUGGACAUGGAUGCCUCGUUGUACAAGCAGGUCCUCCUGGAGAAGGAGAUGGGGACUUACCUGGGCACCUUUGAUGAUUACUUGGAGCUCUUCCUGCAGUUUGGUUACGUGAGCCUCUUCUCCUGCGUUUACCCCUUAGCAGCUGCCUUUGCUGUGCUAAACAACUUCACAGAAGUCAGUUCAGAUGCCUUAAAAAUGUGCAGAGUCUUCAAACGUCCAUUCUCAGAGCCUUCUGCCAGCAUUGGUGUGUGGCAGUUGGCCUUUGAAACAAUGAGCGUCAUAUCUGUGGUCACGAACUGUGCUCUGAUCGGAAUGUCGCCACAAGUGAAUGCAGUCUUUCCAGAGUCAAAAACAGAGCUUGUUUUGAUUGUGGUUGCAGUGGAGCAUGCACUCCUGGCUCUGAAGUUCAUCCUUGCUUUUGCCAUCCCGGAUAAACCACGCCACAUCCAGGUGAAGCUGGCCAGGCUGGAGUUUGAGUCUUUGGAGGCCCUGAAGCAGCAGAGCACAAGGAGGAAUGAAAACAGUGGGGAGAAGCAGCAGAAAUUGCCAUGAAAGGAGAAACUGCUUCUCACACAUGAAGCUGGCGGCCGAGAGCUUGAAGGAGGAGCCACGGGGAGGCAAGACCGAGACGGGGGCCUGAGACGGGGGCCUGAGCCGGAUGCCCGCGCCCUGCCUGUGUUGCUGCUGCCUGGGGACCUGGGCCUCAGCCCUCAGGGUCGCUGCUGGUCCUGCACCCAAAACUUCCUCCCCAGUCCCCUCUGACACUGCCUUAUGAUGCAUCAACAGAAGCUGCUGUCACUGAGCUAUUAAAGGCCAACACCUCUGUCUA